GUCGCUAAAUCUGUGAGGAGCAGGCGGAGUCUAGGUUCUUGAAAGAUCCGCGGGGGCUUGUCGAUGUUUUGGUUAAAAGAAUCUGAAAGGAAAGGACUUUAGAGGGACUGAUGGUGCUCCUGUUACCUCUCCUUAUUGUAUUAACGGUGAAGCACAGCGUUGCCCGGACUCACUCUCUGCGAUAUUUUCGCCUGGGCGUCUCAGAUCCUGGCCAUGGGAUCCCUGAAUUUAUUUCAGUGGGGUAUGUGGACUCUCAUCCCAUCACCACAUACGACAGCGUCUCUCAGCUGAAGGAGCCGCGGGCCCCGUGGAUGGCGGAGAACCUCGCCCCUGAUCACUGGGAGAGGUACACUCAGCUGCUGAGGGGCUGGCAGCAGAUGUUCACGGUGGAGCUGAGGCACCUGCAGAGGCACUACAAUCACUCAGGGCUUCACACUUAUCAGAGGAUGAUCGGCUGUGAGUUACUAGAAGAUGGAAACGCCACGGGAUUUCUGCAGUAUGCGUAUGACGGCGAGGACUUCAUUAUCUUCAAUAAAAAUACGCUCUCCUGGAUGGCUGUAGAUAAUGUAGCUCACAUCACCAAGAGGGCGUGGGAGGCCAAUCGGCAUGAGUUACAUUAUCAGAAGAAUUGGCUGGAAAAAGAAUGUAUCGCCUGGUUGAAGAGAUUCCUGGAGUAUGGGAAAGAUACCCUACAAAGGACAGAGCCCCCACUGGUCAGAGUAAGUCGCAAAGAAACUUUUCCAGGGAUUACAACUCUUUUCUGCAGAGCUUAUGGCUUUUAUCCCCCCGAAAUUUCCAUGAUCUGGAUGAAAAACGGUGAAGAAAUACUCCAGGAAAUGGAUUUUGGAGGCAUUCUUCCCAGUGGGGAUGGGACCUACCAGACCUGGGUAUCAGUUGAGAUGGAUUCUGAGAACAGUGACCUUUAUUCCUGUCACGUGGAGCACUGUGACGUCCAGAUGGUUCUCCAAGUCCCCCAGGAGUGGGGAGUUAGCGCUCUGGUCAUGAAAGCUGUCCCUGGGACCAUUGUCCUUGGCGUUGCCCUGGCUGGAGUUGGCGUCCUGGUCUGGAGAAGAAGGCACCGAGAGCAAAAGGGAGUCAUCUACCUUCCAACACCAGAUCAAUGAUUGGAGAUAGCUGUUGUCCAGUUGUCAUUCCUCUGAGAACCAUGGUCUCCUGCGUCCCCAAUGGACUCCAGUUCAGUGCUCAAAGCUCUUGACUCCACCCACAACAGACAUGGAUGUUACAGGAUUGAGCAUUUAUGGCAGAAGAUAGAGCCAUAAAGUUUUCUUUGUUCUUUGGCUCCAAAAAGACUGUCGGCUUUCAGGCUCCUUUGAUGGACUCCUGUAUCACAUUUGGCUCUCAGUAUAGCUUGUCUCAUGACACAACUACCCUCCAUCCCAUCUGCCAGUGAUGAUUUACAAAUAAAUUAGAGCGUUUCCGAGCUGGAAGGAAGCUUCCAGUCGAGGGCAGGAAAUGUCUUCUCCAGUGCCUUUGACUUGAGCAUCCAGCCUCCACUUGAAUUCUACCUGUGAAGGGCACCUCACUACAUCAUAAAAUGGCCUGUUGCAUCUUUCAUAAGAAUGUUUAUUAUGCAAGAGCUUUGAAUAGUGUGGAUGCUGUGACUGUGACCCUACAAACAGGGUUGGACCACCCAUGAGAGUAGCCGUCAAGUUUCCACAAUGGCCUGUGAAUUGCCGAAUCAUUUUAUGUAUUUCCUGGUCUGAGAGAAAGCCAAACUGCCCUGUUCUAAGGGCAUCUCUGCCUGUAGCUUGGAACCUUGGAAGUAUGCCUGGUUGGAUCUGUGGAGGUGAUCUCAUUUAUUCUGUCUUUUCUGGGAGAGUAAGAACCAUAAGUACCAGGCAUAUUAUCACCUCCAAUGGAACUAUAGAGAUCUAGACCCCCGUGCCAUCUUUUCAUAUAAAAAUGAUAGUAUGUUUAUGUUUUUAAAAAAGGGUUCAAUUCUAAUUUCUGUCCUUCCUCUACUGGCUUAUUGUAGAUGGGCCUUUAUACAUAUGCUUUAUACAUAUGUUUAUUCUCCAUACAUUUGCACUAAAGAGUAAAUAAAAGCCCCACUGUGAGCACUAACACCCC